GCGUACGAGAACGCAAUCUCGUAAAGCCACGUUCACGAUGGAGACUAUGCGGUGAUAUCAUCACGUAAGUCCUGACGUCACCGCGUUAGUUGUCGCUGAGCGUAUGCCACGUACAGUACAGUGGAGGCGUGAGGAUGAGAAUGGCACUUGAAUCAAGGGCUCUGGCCCUUACCCUCCUGCUUGCAUUGCUGAGUUUUGUGAGCGCUAUUCCUAUCGACAAAUCAAAACUAAAGGAGCAUAAUGAGGUUAAGGAUACAAAAGAUGAAAAGCAGAUAGAGGACACGGGGCUCUACUAUGACCGCUACCUACGAGAGGUGAUCGAUGUGCUGGAGAAGGACACCCAUUUCAAGCAGAAACUGGAAACAGCUGACAUUGAGGACAUUAAGAACGGACGCCUGAGCAAGGAGCUGGACUUUGUCAGCCACCACGUGCGCUCCAAGCUUGAUGAGCUCAAGAGGCAGGAGGUGGCUCGUCUGCGCAUGCUCAUCAAGGCCAAGAUGGAUGCGGCACAGGGCAAAGACCUGCGUAUGGAUCACCAGUCUUUGCUGAAGCAGUUUGAGCAUCUGGACCACAACAACCCACACAGCUUCGAGCCUCAGGACCUGGAAAAGCUCAUAAAGACCGCAACGAAGGAUUUGGAAAACUACGACGCGGCACGGCAUGAGGAGUUCAAGCGCUACGAGAUGCUCAAAGAGCAUGAGCGCCGCGAGUUUCUGAAGACGCUUGAUGAAGAGCGGCGGCAGGAGGAGGAGAAGCGCUUCCUUGACAUGAAGCAGAAGCACAAGGACCACCCCAAGGUCAACCACCCGGGGAGUAAAGACCAGCUUCAGGAGGUUUGGGAGGAAAGCGAUGGGUUGGACCCGGAACAGUUUGAGCCCAAGACGUUCUUUAAACUGCACGAUUCCAAUGGUGAUACCUUUUUGGAUGAGCAAGAGCUGGAGGCUUUGUUCACAAAAGAGCUGGAGAAGGUUUAUGACCCCAAGAACGCAGAGGAUGACAUGCAGGAGAUGGAGGAAGAGAGAGUGCGCAUGAGGGAGCACGUCAUGAAUGAGGUGGAUAAGAACGCAGACCGGCUGGUGAGCCUGGAGGAAUUCUUACAGUCAACACAGACGAAGGAGUUCACCGAGCCAGAGGGAUGGGCGACAGUGGACGAGAUGGAGGUGUACACUGAGGAGGAGCUGCAGCACUUUGAGCACCAGCUUAUGGAGCAGGAGACCCAGCUGCAGCAGAAGGCCAGCGAGCUGCAGCAGCAGCACGAGGAGCUGCGCAAGCAGCAGAACGAGCUGGAGGGCAAGCGCAAGGAAUACCAGCAGGCGGUGAAACAGAUGGAGAAUAAGAAGCAGCAACAGCAGCAGCAAGGGCGGUUGCCACCUCCAGGACAACCCAACAGCUUGGGGGAUGUGCCACACCCCGUAGAAGAGGACCCACACGCUCAAGCUCCCGGUCAUCCGGAAGCACCACCUGCACCCAUCCACCACCAAGAGCAGCCUCCAGCACAGCACGUGGAGCCUCCAGCGCAGCACGUGGAGCCUCCAGCGCAACACGUGCAGCAGGCAGAAGGCCAGGGACAGGGCGAAGGCGAUGGCCAGGAGCAAGGGCAGCUCCAGAUUGAGUAGCCAGUCGCAGGGGCAGCAUCCACCGCAGGCUGAUGGCCAGGGCAGGGCAGCUGAAGUGGGCGAGGGAGAACCAGCGCGAAGGAGACGGGCCGAUUAGAGCCAGGGCACAGCAGGGAGUGCGUGGCUCCUAUAUUCCAUCAAUCAAGUUUUACAGUAAGACUCAUCAAAAUCUAAUAUUGAUUCCUGCUUUCCCUCCAUUUUAAUUUAGGAUUUUUAUUUUAAAUGUACCUUUUUUUGCACUUUUUUGGUGUUUGUCUAGACUGUCCUGCUUAAUAAUAGACCAUAUGGCCCUAGGCGAAAUGGAAAUGUAGAAUUCCCAGUAUGAUAAAUAUUUGUCCUACAGCAGCCCCAUGUUCAUUUUCCUUGUGCAGAAAGAUUGCAGUAUCGGAAUAGGAACCGUGUAGAAAGUGCCGGUGUACAUGUACGGUGUUCUGAGAAGUGCCGGUAUGGCGUUACCGUUUUAUCCUGGCCCAUUUCGACUACUGGCGGCGGUAUCUAAAAAUGUUGCGUCCAGUUGUGGUAAGCGAAGUAGUAUUUUUCAAAUAUUUAAAUUGAAAAGUAAUGUGAUGUAUAAGGGCGCCUUAUGGUUUGUUGUUGAGUUGAACACACGUGUAGAUUACACCAAAGGUUUCUGCUUUUACAGAUUAUAUAUGUACUACUGUGUUUUACGUUGGACAGGGUUCAUAUCAACUUUUGUUAAAAAUGCUUUCAUUUUGCUGUAACGAUGACUUGCUUUAUCUGGUACUGUGUGAUAUACGCUGUGGUUUAUUGAUGCUGCACUUUGUUUUAAGUGGCCAUUACUUUGUCUCGGCAAUUUUUUGUGGUAAAGGAGAUUAAUAACAAUGACAGAGAGUCACAACUUAAUGCCACAUUUUCUCUAGGUGUGAUGAGAGGCGCCACUUAAAAUGAAGAACACAAUAUGUUAUGUAUUCUGCUUGGAGAAACGUAGUCUUCACCACAUUGAAACAAUGUGUUACAUUUGUUUUCAGGUUCUCGUAAUUAAAAUGUUCUUAUAAAGUCAAAGUGUAAAUUGAAGUAAACACAUUUUGCUCAACCACUGAAAUGGUACAUUCAACAACCAACGACCUGGUCUCACGAUUAGUAUUAGAUUUCAAUAAUCGUGGGACUCAAGUUGCUUGGCCAGUUUACCGGUUUUGUACCACGUUGUUCUGAUUUGUACCCCUGUGAAUCGUACCGUACCACGACUAUUGCAGUGUCUGUUGCGUAACUCAACGUUUGUGCCUGUUCGUGCAUUUUUUUAAUUCUAAACAAAGAGAUUCUGGUCGAGUUCUGUCUCACGUUUAUCAGCCCAGAAACGGAGGAUUGCCAAAUUGCAACGUGAAUGGUUUAAUAAAUAAAUGCAAAUUAUCAAAACA